AACUCAGUGCUACCUGUCACACCUGAGCCAGCAGUUUGUGCAGCCAGAGGAGCUCUGGCAGGGCUCCCUGCUGGGGCCUGGGCUGCCCAGCCAUGCUCUGGGCACUCUGGCCAAGGUGGCUGGCAGGCAAGAUGCUGCCCUUCCUGGGGGCAGUGCUGCUUCAGAAGAGAGAGAACAGGGGCCCUCUGCGGAGGCACUGGCGGCGGGAAACCCACCCAUACUAUGACCUCCAGGUGAAGGUGCUGAGGGCCACAAACAUCCGGAAUACAGACCUGCUGUCCAAAGCUGACUGCUACGUGCAACUGUGGCUGCCCACGGCGUCCCCCAGCCCUGCCCAGACUAGGACAGUGGCCAACUGCAGUGACCCCGAGUGGAAUGAGACUUUCCACUACCAGAUCCAUGAUGCUGUGAAGAAUGUUCUGGAGCUCACUCUGUAUGACAAGGACAUCCUGGUCAGCGACCAGUAUUCCCAGCUCCUGUUUGACCUGAGGAGCCUCGAGUGCGGCCAACCUCACAGACACAGCUUCCCACUCAACCGCCAGGAUUCACAAGAGCUGCAGGUGGAAUUUGUUCUGGAGAAGAGCCAGGUGCCUGCAUCUGAAAUCAUCACCAACGGGGUUCUGGUGGCUCACCCCUGUCUGAGAAUCCAGGGCACACUCCGGGGAGAUGGGACCGCCCCACGGGAAGAGUACGGCUCUCGGCAGCUCCAGCUGACAGUGCCUGGGGCCUACGAGAAGCCACAGCUCUUGCCCCUGCAGCCUCCCACAGAGCCAGGCCUCCAACCCACCUUUACCUUCCAUGUGAACCCAGUGCUGAGCUCCAGGCUACACGUGGAGCUGAUGGAGCAGCUCUCGGCUGUGCAGAGCGACCCCAGCGCGGAGCUGGAGGCUCAGACCAGCAAGCUGGGCGAGGGGGGCAUCCUGCUCUCCUCUCUGCCCCUAGGCCAGGAGAAACAGUGUUCUGUGGCCCUGGGGGAGGGCCAGGAGGUGGCUCUGAGUGUGAAGGUGGAAAUGAGCUCCGGAGACCUAGACCUACGCCUUGGCUUUGACCUCUGUGACGGGGAGCAGGAGUUUCUGGACAGGAGGAAGCAGGUCGUGGCCAAGGCCCUGCAGCAGGUGCUGGGAUUGAGUGAGGCUCCGGACAGUGGCCAGGUUCCUGUAGUGGCUGUGUUGGGUUCCGGGGGUGGAACCCGAGCCAUGUCCUCUCUGUACGGCAGCCUGGCAGGGUUGCAGGAGCUCGGCCUGCUAGACACUGUGACCUACCUGAGUGGGGUCUCUGGGUCCACCUGGUGCAUCUCCACACUCUACAGGGACCCAGCCUGGUCCCAGGUGGCCUUGCAGGGCCCCAUUGAGCGUGCCCAGGUUCACGUCUGCAGCAGUAAGAUGGGAGCUUUGUCCACGGAGCGGCUACAGUACUACGCUCAGGAACUGGGGGUCCGGAAGCGCAGUGGCCACAGCGUGUCCCCGGUCGACCUCUGGGGCCUCUUUGUGGAGUAUUUCCUGUACCAGGAGGAGAACCCUGCCAAGCUGUCUGACCAACAGGAGGCGGUCCGCCAGGGUCAGAACCCUUACCCCAUUUACACCAGUAUCAACGUCUGCUCCGACAUGAGUGGGGAAGAUUUUGCAGAGUGGUGCGAGUUCACGCCCUACGAGGUUGGCUUGCCCAAGUACGGGGCUUAUGUUCCCACCGAGCUCUUUGGCUCAGAGCUUUUCAUGGGACGAUUGCUGCAGCUCCAGCCCGAGCCCCGGAUCUGCUACCUGCAAGGUGUGUGGGGCAGUGCCUUUGCCACCAGCCUGGAAGAGAUCUCCCUAAAGACUGUGGGCUCGGGCCUCAGCUUCCUGGAGUGGUACAGAGGCAGUGUGAAUAUCACAGAUGACUGCCAGAAGCCUCAGCCACACAACCCAUCGACGCUGCCAACAAGGAUCCUUACCCCACAGGGGCCCUUCUCCCAGGCUGUGCUGGGCAUAUUCACCUCCCGCUUCACUUCUGCCCAGAUUUUUAACUUCACCCGGGGUCUCUGCUUGCACAAGGACUAUGUGGCUGACAGAGAGUUUGUGGCCUGGAAAGACAGACACCCAGACGCCUCCCCCAACCAUCUCACCCCCAUGCGGGACUGCCUGUACCUGGUGGACGGAGGCUUCGCCAUCAACUCUCCGUUCCCACUGGCUCUGCGGCCUCAGAGAGCCGUGGACCUCAUUCUGUCCUUCGACUAUUCCUUGGAAGCUCCUUUUGAGGUCUUGAAGAUGACAGAGAAGUACUGCCUGGACCGAGGAAUCCCCUUCCCUAGCAUCGAGGUGGGCCCUGAAGACAUGGAGGAGGCCCGUGAGUGCUAUCUGUUUGCCAAGGCUGAGGACCCCCGCUCCCCCGUCGUGCUGCACUUCCCCCUUGUCAACCGUACCUUCCGCACACACCUGGCCCCAGGUGUGGAGCGACAAACAGCUGAGGAGAAGGCCUUUGGGGACUUUGUCAUCAACAGGCCAGACACCCCCUAUGGCAUGAUGAACUUCACCUAUGAGCCCCAGGACUUUGAUCGGCUGGUGGCCCUGAGUCGAUACAAUAUUCUGAACAAUGUGGAGACCUUGAAGUGUGCCCUCCAGCUGGCUCUGGACCGGCACCAGGCUCGGGAGAGGGCUGGGGACUGACCAAGGCAGGAGGCGGAGGACUGUGACAGAGAGGAGACACCCUGUUCGUGGCCAGGGCUCAUGGAGGGAGGAGCGAUGGAGAUGCUGUGCGGGGUCUGCUUCCCUUCUCUCCAGGACCUGCCUCAAGGUGCCCCAGGCCCCGGAAAGCUCUUGCAGAAUUGCAGCUUGGACUUGGGGCAGGGCUCUCCUUGUGUGUUUUUUGGAGAAGAUGGGCAGUAGAUCUCUCCAGGGGCUCUUGGGGAUGUAGGGCAGAAGACAGCAGCACUCAUCUCACAGCCGGGUGUGGAGAGAAUCAGGUGAGCCACAGGGCCCACCCCAGACACAGAAGCACCUCACAGGGCCCAGGUUCUCAGACCCACACGGAACAGGGGCUGAGGGCAUCGAGAAGCCAGCUGUCCUCCUUACACUGAGACGGAAAGCAGAGAUGCACCCACCCACACUUCCCGCAGAGCGGCCCAAGCCCCAACCCCACCUUGAGCUCCUGGAUGCACUGCUAUCAAGAACAACGAGGGGCCAAGUGGGGGUGGCCAGCCUAUGUUGCUGACUCCAUCAUCCUAACCCUCCUUCUGCCUUCUGGCCUCCUCGUGCCUCCUCCCAGAUCACCCUUGUCUUCCCAGAGACCUAAAGCCUGUGGGGUGAUGGCCCAUUCUGGCUGCUCCAGGUGGGAGAUCUGCACAUGUCUCCCUGCCAAUUACCCAGGCUUCACUCUUCGAGCCUGGGCCACAGUCUCUGGUCAUGUGUGUAGUGGCCACGUCAUGCAAAUAUACUCUCACCAUUCCUAGUAGCUCAA